AUGGGUGGUCAAAUACACUCUUUAGAAAUAAAUAGUCAAAUACACUCUUUAGAAAUAGAUGGUCAAAUACACUCUUUAGAAAUACAUGGUCAAAUACACUCUUUAGAAAUAGAUGGUCAAAUACACUCUUUAGAAAUAGAUGGUCUUGCACGAGUCCGAUAG